AUGGAAUCGAGUUAAAGCUCGGUUUUGCUCGGUUUUUGCCGCACGACGUGCUCAAGUAUCCGCAAAUUAAUCACAUCAAUCGCCUGUGAACGCGGCCAAGCUCUACGAGCACGCAGACCUGCUUGUUGUGGCCAGCAGCUCUUUUUACUCCCUCCUACGCUAGCCGACGCGCGGCUCCAGGGAGACGAUGGCAGCCCUAGACACACCCCUAGAACGAGGCCAAGCCCUAGCCAUCGAGGGCGACUUUGCAGGAGCACUAGAAGCUUUAACGGAAGCGACGACCGAAGACGCAUCAAAUGCAAAAGCCUGGGAGGCGACGGCCCAGGUCCUGCUGGCCGCGAGCGACGAUCAGGACGAGCGGUCGGCGGCAAAGGCUCUGGUCGCCGCGCAGAAAGCUACAGAGGCCGCCCCGCACUGGGCGCCGGCCGCCGUGACGCGCGGCCGCGCCUUGCUCGCGGCGCGGCGCUGGCGCGAGGCGGCGGCGGCGUUAUCCACAGCUAUUGAGAUGGAUUUCGAGGACCUGUCGUUGCGCGACGAGGCCCGCGCCGACUUACAGGAGGCGAAUGAAUUAAGAGACAACGAGAGCACGGGCCCCCAGGAGCGGACGCUCCAGAUAAAUGGACGGCCCCUCCUGACGACGUCGGCCAUGCCCACUCAAGGUGAAUGUGGUACCUGCGGCGCGGGCCAGGGCCCGGCCGCCGGCGUCUGGGAGGCGUCCGUCGUCCUGGCGAUGGCCCUCGAGUGGAAUCAAACAACACCAAAAAACGUCCUGGAAUUGGGCAGCGGUUUGGGAGUGGCCGGUUUAGCUGCAGCUCUUCGGGGCGGCGACGUCGUGCUCACGGAUUUGAGCGACGUGGUACCGCGCACCUUACAACGGUGCGCGACGCACCGGUCGCUCGUCGACGCGGCGGGCGGCUCAGUCAUGACUAUGGCCUACGACUGGAGGAAAGCAGUGCCGGCGGACAUUAUGGACAUGCGGCCCUACGACCUCGUGCUGUCGGCCGACGCGAUCUACCGCGCGGAUUUAUUGGAGCCGUUCCUGCGGGCGCUCGACGCGGUCGUCGGUGCGGAGCUGUUGAUCGCUCAUAAAAAACGCCACCGAGAGCUCGACGACAGGCUCGAGGAGGCGCUUAAUCAACGCUUCGACGUCGCCGAGGCCGAGUGCCACCCGCUGUACGCGUCUUCGUCGAUAGUGCUCUGGCGGUGUACUAGACGUAGACAACAGUAA